UGACUUCAUAACACUCCAAUAUGACGCCGUGCUGCCUAUUUCUAGUCUUGCUGAUACAGGGUUCAUUUACAUUCGCAAAUUGCGAUGAACCUGACUGCGACUCCCGUGAGGUUCUCGCACAGAAACCGGAAUUUGAGGACAAUGUUGUCAAAGACUUCAGCGACGCUAACAAAGACUGGAUUGAUAUUUUUCUAGAAUCAACCCCAACAGGACUCUACCCAUCUAGCUCCGCUGCUAUGAUAGCACAUGCCACCACCGUUGACAAGUCUCCCGAAGAACAGCUAGAAGUUAUGAAAGAAGUGAUCCACCAAAUUACAGAAGCCAUAGAACAUGAAAUGACAAACCUUCUCACAGAUGCCAUAGCUCAUUGUGAAAAGGAAGAAGGACAUACCAAAAAGAAGCGAUCCGUCGAAACCCCAAUGGACAGCAGCCAACUAGUCAUGAGACUUUUAAAGCACAUUAAAUCAAAUAACGAAUGUCAGAACAUUGCAAUUGAAAAGAUGAUGACAGCUCAAGAGAUCGCUGAUAAAUAUGGCGUCAAAUACAACCCUGAUGAAGAUGUCCUAGCUGAUCUUGCCGCUUUCUCUUCCAAACAGACUGAAGAACUGGCAUCAAUUUUGGGCGAUCAGAAUACCAAAGAAGAAAUCGAAUUUGUCCCGUUCAAUAGCGAGGAAAACAAAGAGAUUGUACCUGAGAACAGCACGUAUUACGUAUACGCAACGCAUGUUCCUGAAGAAGAGAUCCAUUCACAAUUCAACUCUUACCCUCCUCAUGAGUACAUGCCUGAGAGAGUUCAAUUCCCACCUCAGCCUCAUCAGCACUACCAGCAUCCGCAACACAGCCAUCACAACUUUCCCGAAACCCAAAUACCAGCUCCCCCACACCAUGCUCCUGCCCCUCAAAGACCUUACUACGAGUCAGGUUACCCUCGAGAAUACCAUCCCUGUGGCCCUAUGGAGCCUGUUACUACUACAACAACUAUAGUUCUCCCAUUCGAGGAACCGGUAGCACCUGAACCAGAACUGGUAGGUCAGGUUUUCGAAGAAACCGUAACAAAUAAACUUUUCAUUGAAGCAGGCGAAGAACCAGGUUCGACUGAUAUAAACCAUGUCAUGACGUACACUGUUUCAGAAAAGUCCCAUUUCAAGACGCCUGAGAUUGAAAAGCUGCCACAGCAGAUGCAGUAUUACUUCUUUCUGAUGAAUUAAUUUAAUUUUGUAGUUACGCGAAAAAUAUUUAAAUUUGUAAAUCCCCAGAUGAUGUGUAUCUUUGUGGUUAGGUUUACAUCUUUAUUUUGAAAAGGUUUUUAAAUUACAAAGGUGGCAAAAUAAUGGACAAAAUUGUCUUAUCUCAUAUAUUUAAUAAAUACAUUACAAUCAAAUAAUAAGUACAUCCAUAAAAUAAAUAUGAACCUUUUGUUUCAUA